AUGCAUUUGCUCUAUUCCCCAAAGCACUUGGAGGGUCAGAAGCUUUCGAAGCCAAAGAUAAAGGUUUCUAGCGAAGUGUUUGCGCCAAAGCAUGAACAUGUUUCGGAAGACAAUGUCUACAAAACCACCGAUGAUUUUGGGCACAAUACGGAAUCUGAAAACUACCUAAUCAAGAGCCUGGACUACAUCGAGGCUCGUGCAAAGAAGAUGUUCCACAACAAAGCUGAGCUCAAAGCCUAUCUCAAAGGGACCAGGGCUUUAGAUAGUACAUUCUACUGUCAUUUAUUUAUAAGCCCAGUACGUGCCAAGGGCUCGUUAGUGAAACAAGGAAUUGCUUAUCACGAACGCGUUAGAGCACUUUAUUACGUGGCUUAUGUUAACUUUUACCAGCUUAUUUUUUAUCUCACGAGCUCUAGACUCUAG